UUUGGAUCAUAUAUUUAUACUGUGCUUGCUCUGCACGCAUUUUCUAAUGUACCUGUCUAACGAGGCUCCGUAUUCUUGGGAUCAAACGAUCAGAAGAUUUGUUCUGGGUCAUCUUCUGAGCGGCAGGGAUGAUUCGAUGCAUAACGGCCGCGAGUGAGCUGUGCAGUGGAUGCGGCCAGGGAUGGAGCCAACUUGCACGGCGUUGGAAAAGCAAAAGGGCAGACCACUGGGCUAAACUGAGGAAGAAGCAGACUGGCACAGCCUUGGCCUUGAAGCACUUUGACCAUUUUUACCCAGAGAAGUACGGGCCGCGAUGGCGCUCAAUACGACUGGCCCUUCUCUGUCAGUCCAAGCCCACAGCCCUGGUGAACCAUUAUAGCAACGUGGCCGAGACGACUGCCAAGCUGACGUCGUGCGGCAGCUUCGACCUGACCGCCGAGUGGCGGGAGCAGAUCUCGCGGCGGCAGGGGCGCCUCUCCAGCCUGGCGUCUUCCGCCGACCCCGCGUCGCUCCCCGCCGACGCCGACUCUUCAGACGGCACCGCGGACGAGACGUCGGCGGCCGACCCGGCGGAGGCGCGCGCCCGCGCCGAGGCAGCCGGUCAGCUGCGUCUCGUCCAGCCCACGCAGGAAGAGUCGGCCGCCCUGCACGACUACGUGCCGGCCACGCAACUGCAUGGCGACGAGGACUGGCUAGAGGAGGGCGACUACUUUCAGUAUGGCCAGGAGGACGGCAGCCUCAAGGUGGCGCUGGACAGGGACAGCCCAAUCUCCAUUCCCGAUACCCUGCGCGUGUUCAGUUUUCCGGCGGGGGAGAUCUCGCGGUUUCCCUUCCCCAGCACCUCGUCCACGGGGGUGAGAGACUACUACCCGCUGGACGGAGCGUCGCUGCUGCCGGUGCUGGCGCUGGACGUGCAGCCCGGGGACGAGGUGCUGGACCUGUGCGCCGCUCCCGGUGGCAAGUCGCUGGCGAUCCUGCAGACGCUGUACCCAGCGCUGCUGGUGUGUAACGACACGCAGGGGGGCCGGGUGAAGCGGCUGCAGCAGGUGCUGCUGGACUACCUGCCGGCUGCCGAGCACUGGCCCGGCCAGGUCUCCGUCACCAAGCAGGACGGCCAGCGGCUGGAGGCGCGCGACCGCUACGAUAAGGUGCUGGUGGACGCCCCCUGCUUCUCUGACCGGCACUCGCUGUUGGAGGACGACAACAACAUCUUCGCCAUCAGCCGCUCCCGCGAGCGCAUCCAGAUCCCGCUGCUGCAGACCAACCUGCUGAGGCGCGCACUCGAGGCGGUACGACCGGGCGGUACGGUGGUGUACUCCACGUGUACCCUGUCGCCGAUACAGAACGACGGCGUGGUGCACAUGGCGCUCAAGCAGAUCUGGGAGGACACGGACAUCCAGGUGGUGGUCAAAGACAUGGAGGACUCCAUGAAGCCCUUCUAUGGCACCAUGUGGUUCGCCCGCGGCGUGGGAAUCAAGUAUGGGCAGCAGGUGCUGCCAUCUGUGGUGAACAACUUUGGUCCGAUGUACUUUGCGAAGAUUGUCAGAUUGAAAUAGAUGCUAGUUGUUGGAAAGUUUGUAAUAUAAUGCAUAUGCCGACUGUUU